GAUGGGAGACGACGUGGAGGCGGAGGGAAGGAUCGUCUGCUGACGGGACCUGCUGAGAAGGCCAUGAAGGGCAGCGCAGUAGAAGAGGAAGGGCCGCAUUGUCGGCGGUGUCGUAAUCAUGGGAAGACCAACCCCUGGAAAGGUCACAAGAAGGCGUGCCCCUUCUACUACUGCAUCUGUCAACAGUGCAUCCUGAUCACACUACGCAAAUCGAAUGAGAAGAACCUGCGCGAGGUGGUACAGGAAGUCAAUAAGGACGGUGGAAUAAGGCUGCCGCUUGGGGUUCCACCCCAGCCACCAAUUAUAGUCAAUACAGUCAACAACUCAACCACCCUGAUUCCACCAGCGUGUGAAGAUAUCUUCCACCAACCCAAUUCUUCCCUCUUCCUCGGUGAACAGACGGCAAAAGUCGACACAGAAGAGUCCACGCAGGUCGAAAAGUCCUCGCUGGUCAAGUUUCCGGACAGCAGUAAUUGUUUUAAGAUGCCGCUGAUGCAUUUUGCGGGUGCCACAGUCAGUCAGACAGAAAACUGUCGAAAGCCCGAAAGGACGCCGUUAAUGACAGCUUUCGAGGACUCCUGCCCCAUGCGACAACGCGUCACCGAGGACUCGAGUGGUCAGCCUGCAAAGUUCCCCUUCACCGCCGGAUAUCCCUGGAUUCUGCGAGACUCACUGAACUACGCCUUCGAUCAGUCCUCUUUCGCCUCUUCGGCCGACACUCCUCAUGAAGCCCAACGGGCAGCAGCUAUCGCGGCCGCUGCUGCAGCUGCUGUUGCCUUCCAUCACAAGGCCUCCUUCAAGCAUGCUGGCCUCCCAAUAAACUGCCUGAGCAGAGAAGAGGCACAAAGCGCAGUGGAGUCUGGUAAGGCAGGAGGACAGGACUCCUGGAACUGCGAGUUCCCCUAUCAGCUAGGCGAUUUUGGCGUCCACAACGCCGACAGUACGUCGUCAUCUGACAACAGGGCCUGUUUUGUGACCAAUCGGACUUACCCUCCUCUGAAGUGGGACUCAGCGCUGGUGGAGGAGGCAGGCAAGCAAGAACACCAACGGUUACUGCCGUCAUCGCAGCCACAGGAUGCAAUGAUGGAAGGCACGGCCGUAGCCGAGGAGGCAGCAGCAGUUGAAGGAGACUGCCGAAACCGGACGGCUGAAUGGAACGUGGGAAGUGCACAGGAUGAGGAGGUCGCUUAUAAGAAUGUAAAGGACGAACAGGACCCAUCUCCGGAGGUCUAUAAUGCUAUGCUGACGAGGCACGGCUGCUGGGGUCAGGCGAACUUCCGAACAGAUAAUGCAGGGACACUGCUCAGGUCCGCGGGUAAGUUGGACGAAUUAUUGGAAAUUCACGCUUUAUAUUUGUUGAAAUCUCUUAACUACAGUAUAUAUUUGAAAGCAGACUGA